AUGAAUAUCUGCACUUCGGGGAACUCAUAUUAUAUCGAUAAAUCCCUGGGAUCUAUGAUCAAUAUAGUGACCAACAGGAUUCCUUCCAACUUCAUUACCCAUAAAGAUGUUGACUUGAUACCAGAAAUUACUCCUAAACAGGCAUUAAAUAUGCUGAAAAAUUUUGUUCCCAAGAAACAAGUCCCCGUCAUCGAGGUCGAGGAAACCAAGGAACACAGAAAAACCAUUUAUGAAGUGGACGGGGUGGAAAUCAACCCUGUGGAUAUUCUAUUCCAACCAUUACCACCAUCAAAGGAAGAAAAAAUUAAAGAGUUCAUGCAACAUAAGAAAAGAGAAACCGUGUUGAAGUUUAAAAAGUUCAAAGAGUUCAAUGAGCGGUUGAUGGAGAAUAAUGAGGCUAAUCCUGUUGAAUGGGAUUUGAACUUUAAAAAGACCAUCAGAGGCAUGAAGACUGCCUCAAAGGAAGUUAACCAAAGGGAAAUUGAGCCUAAACCAUCGUCAAAAAGUCAUAAAACCAAUAACAAUAAGAAUAAUGGAAAUUCUGCAAAGAAAUCUUAUGGAGGGUUGCAAGUCAAUAAACGUGGGGCAAAAAGAUCAGCAGGUCUUCGAAAUCUUUCAUCCGGUUUCAAUCCAUUCCCAAGUGAGGCCCCUACUAUUAGGCCAUCCAUGCGUGACACAUCGUUCCAGUCUAUCAAUUCAUGGAAAGCAGAUGCAGAGGAAGAAGAUUCAGAACCCCCAGUAGAAGAGGAGGCCUACAAAAAACCAAAAAACAACUUCCAUGAACCCCCAAUUGCUGCUGCAUCGCCAAUACAUUCCAUUUCUAAGGCAAUUUGGAAUACCAUCAACUAUUACUGGGCGCAAUCGGCUGGCAAGAGAUGUAAUACCAAAGAGCAAAAUGCGGACAACGAAAAAAAUAAAAACGAAGUGGUGGUGAGGAAAAGUUACCAGAGAUUGGGCAAUGGACAAAUUGUUUUUGUCAGUGAGGAAGAAGGGACUAGAGAGAAGUUCAAGAUGAUUUCCAAUGAAUCCCAUCAGCCAAGCAGCAGAGAGAAUGAAAACGGGAGAAGUGUUGCGAGUGUAUUUUGGAAUAUUGUUUGCAAGAAAUUUGGUUUUUGA